AUUUGCCUAGAGCAGUGUAAAAUAAAGUAAACUAGGAAAUUUAGUUUAUGCACAAAAUAAAAUUGCCAAGAACUACAUGCAAGCGCACACAAAAUUAGAUUUGUGAACAAAAUCAAAUUCAAUUUUUGCCUUAUUCAAAUUGGAAAAUCAAAACCUCCGUCAACAAUGAACAAACUCAGAAAUAACAAUGAACCAAACCAUAUUUGAUUUACCUGUGCGGAAGUGCGAAGACGAACGCUUGGAGUGGAGGGAACAUGGUAGACGAAGGAGGAAAGCAAAGAUGGCGACGAUAGUACUCAAGAUUUGGAACAAGAAGAUGAGCGCAGGUUGUGCACGCCGGUCGGGAAUUGAUUGGAAAAAAGAGGGAGAAAGAGAGAGACGGGUGGGGCGCAGAGACGGGAAAGAAUGGGUAUAUGGAGCAUGGUGUACAAAAAUGAGUCAAGAAUCUGCCCACGGACAAGGCAACAACAAUGAACACGUUAGUGUUCAUACUGAAGCAUCUAGCUUCACCCCUCCCGUCCAAAAUGAACCUGUCAAUCAACAAAAUGUUGGGAAUAACCCGAACGCUGGUGGUCAACCCGACCUUGUGAUUCCAACUUUUCUGGCUAAUGUGUUACAACAGAUAGCAAACGCACCAAUGUUUCAACCACCUCCACCACCACCACCUCGUGUGGUAACCUACAAAACACUAAGGGAUAAUGGUGCGGAGAUAUUCUUUGGGGAUCGCAUCGCCGAACCCCAAAUUGCAUGGGAUUGGAUCGAGCAGACGGCUCGGGUGUUGGAAAAUCUUAACAUACCCAUUGACAAUUAUCCCAGACUGGCUUCUCAAUUGCUUCGAAAGGAAGCCUACGAGUGGUGGAAGAGGACCGAUGAGAGUGCAGGAACUCCUAAGCCAUGGGCAUGGGCACAUUUCGAAUGGGCAUUCAAGCAAGAAUAUAUUCCAAAACGUUUUAGUGAAGAAAGACGUACGGAAUUUGUCGAACUGCAACAGGGAGACAUGACACUCCCUGAAGAUCGUCAGAAGUUCACCAAACUUGCAAACUUUGUGCCAACCUUGGUGAGUACCCCAACCAAUCGCAUUGAGGAGUUCAGGAAGAAACUUCGACCUGACCUCAGGUCACGUGUGUCCGUCCUUACCACCGUGGAUUUUGCAAAGGCCUACGAGAUCAUAGCUAGGGCAGAUAGUGACCUGAGUGCUUGCAUAGAGUAUUUAAAGGCAAACAAUGCUAGCUCAAGCACUCACCGUCCCACUAGCUCUGCCUCAAAAGGAAAAAGGCCCUUCCAAGAAUCUAGCAGUUCGCACUUCUCAAAGAAAGGGAAAUCGGCACAGACGCACUCCGUGGCGUCGGAAAGCAAAUCAAAAGGGUGGAAACACCCAUUGUGUGAUACGUGUGGGAGACAUCAUCCAGGCGAGUGUUGGUUUGCCCAAGGGUUAUGUCUAGGUUGCGGUAAAUCAGGACAUUUUCGAAAGGAUUGCCCCACUAAUCUUGGUAAACCAUUUUCAACGGCCCCAGUUGCCAGCCAAUCAGCCUUAGCACGACCUGCGCCAAGUCAGCGAUCGACGGCGGGAUCUAAUCCAGCCAAGAACCAGGGUCAGCAACAAGGACGAGCUCCUGCUCGUACUUAUGCAAUGAAGGCACGAGCUGAGGAAAACCCUGACGUCAUUCAGGCAGACUGUAGUAUUAGCGAGUACGUCAUUGUCAGUAGGAAAUUCGAAUCCAUCUUUGCUGAACAAAUUUCGACCGAGGAUAACUACCCCUUCUUAAAGGUCAGAAAUCCAAAGUUCAUGGCUACGGCGGUGGAUUUAGGUAGAGAAUUGGUAAGGCGAAAAAAUAGGCUUACCUAUGGAGGAGGCAACGUUGGCCUUCAAGGAGCUGUUGCUUCAACAGUCUAUACCAAUGGUGGUAUAGUUAGAGGCUUCGUACCAGGGUACAUAGCAGCACGACAGGUCUACGGACGUACAUAUGGUGCAGAGUACACCGUUUCGAGCCAUUACUAUAUGUACUUCGAAAUGAAUCAUGUUGUAGAAGCUUUCAUCAUACUUCCCGGGGGAAUUGAUACUAUGGAAGGUUUGUUCACUUUGAUCUCAUGGGCAUUUGAAGGGUUGCACAGUAAACCCAUUGGUCUCUUGAAUAUUGAUAGUUAUUUUAAUAACCUAAUCAAAUUUCUAAAUGAUGCGGUGAGGCAGAACUUCAUGGCUUCCAGUCAGAGAAAACUUUUCAUCUCUUCUUUCUUUAUUGAUGAGCUUUUAGACAAGCUAGCGUUUGCUAAAGCUUUUCGAGGUCCUGGGGCUAGUUAUGACGAGUUUGUAAAUCCUGGGGCAUUGGACUUAGAGUUGCAUUUGUAAUAUUACUUUAUAUAAUUUCAGUUGAAUUUAUGUUGGAAUAAUAUUGUCCAUGAACAUUAUGAGUUAACCAUUAAUAUUAUUCUAAGCUGCAUGGCCAGUGCAAGUUAGAAAAAUAUCUAUUUUCAACAUCAGAAUGCAUCAUGUAAAGACCAAACAUUUUCUCAAGAUAGGUCAAAAGAAAUAUUUGAUUAUACAAAGUGUUCAAUACACGAAGUUUCAAGCAAAUACGAAUAUUAUUCGAAAGAGAAUAUUUUUUUUUACAGAAAGUUCGUCAUUCUUCAAUAUAUUCUCGAGCCCUUGUAGCACUUUAGGAUCUUCACAGAGUAUCAUCCUUGGGUUGGUUUCUUUGAAUUGUUUCGGGUUUUAGAACGUUGACUUGUUCCUGAGCAAACAGCUUGUGCAAUAAUUGAAGUAAAUAAGAAUGAAUCAAUUCUCAUCAAUUCUCAUCUUAUGUGGGUUGCCUCCCAUAAGCCGCCCGAUUUAAAGUGUUUGUCUAGACAUAGCUUACUACUUGCCAAUAAAUAUUCAAAUAAACCAUAAAGUAGUAAAGUAAAUGUGUUUCUUUGAAACAAAUAAAGAGUAAAAAUCCAUAUAUGCUCUCAAAUUUCAGCUUUGGUUGGCAGUUUCUACACCAAGAUUAUCACUAGAUGGUCAUUUACGAACCAAAAAUCAGAUUCAAGUAUGCAACAUAUGAAGCUAAAGCAAAUUUGAAAAAAACAGAUUUUCUUGAUCCUUUAGCCCUUCUAGUACAAAAUUCAGCAUGUAUGGAUCACAAUAUGCGCCUUCGAAUCAGUUCCUAUGCAGGUUUUAACAAUUAGGAUUAAUGUUUAGGCCAUAAGCAUUUAAGGAACUCAAAAAUCAGCUUAAACAUCAAGAAAAGAUUGAUGAUUUCUUCUUUAAAAAAAAUGACACUUUGGAUCAGAUUUUUUCUAAAAUUAGCACUUAAAGCUUCAAAAUCAGUAUGAAAACAUUAAGAUAUGCUUCAAAAUAUUGCCCCCAAGCAAGAUAUAUCAAUUAUAGUUCAUAUUUGAAGCAAAGGAGCACUCCAAGGAACAAAAAUCAGCAUAUAAGCUAAUUAAAAAGUGCAGAUUUUUUUUAAAAAUUCAGCAAGCAUAGCUUAUGAAAUUCAGCAAGAACACCAUUCAAAUGAUUCAAUGCUUAUAAAAAUGAGUAUACACGUGUUGCAUACAUCAAAAGUGAAACAACUCAACACUUAUGUCAUUCAAAUGCAACAAGUAUGAUCAAUAAAAAGAAAAAUCAGCAAGUAAAAGUAAUGAAUAUUAGUUUCAAAAUGCAAUUUUUAUGAAAAAUUGGCCAAAAGUCUCACAAAAAUAGCAAAUUGAGCACAAUUUCAGCAAUCCAGUCAAUAAAAAAAACUGCUUUAAGUUUGCUAUUGCUAUUGCAUUCGUAA